GGAUCCCUGUAGUUUGUGAAGAUGGUGUUGCUAACAAUGAUCGCCCGAGUGGCGGACGGGCUCCCGCUGGCCGCCUCAAUGCAGGAGGACGAACAGUCUGGCCGGGACCUUCAACAGUAUCAGAGUCAGGCUAAGUAACUCUUUCGAAAGUUGAAUGAACAGUCCCCUACCAGAUGUACCUUGGAAGCAGGAGCCAUGACUUUUCACUACAUUAUUGAGCAGGGGGUGUGUUAUUUGGUUUUAUGUGAAGCUGCCUUCCCUAAGAAGUUGGCUUUUGCCUACCUAGAAGAUUUGCAAUCAGAAUUUGAUGAACAGCAUGGAAAGAAGGUGCCCACUGUGUCCCGACCCUAUUCCUUUAUUGAAUUUGAUACUUUCAUUCAGAAAACCAAGAAGCUCUACAUUGACAGUCGUGCUCGAAGAAACCUAGGCUCCAUCAACACUGAAUUGCAAGAUGUGCAGAGGAUCAUGGUGGCCAAUAUCGAAGAAGUGUUACAACGAGGAGAAGCACUCUCAGCAUUGGAUUCAAAGGCUAACAAUUUGUCCAGUCUGUCCAAGAAAUACUGCCAGGAUGCGAAGUACUUGAACAUGUGUUCCACUUAUGCCAAACUUGCAGCAGUAGCUGUAUUUUUCAUCAUGUUAAUAGUGUAUGUCCGAUUCUGGUGGCUGUGAAAUAAUGAAUACAGUCACUGGUAAGGGAGAACGUAGAACCCAGUAGGUGUAUAUUUUCAGGAAACUGAGCUCACAGAGAUGUGUAUUAGAAUCCAAGUGGAACUUCUGCCUCUAAAGACCUUGCAAGAAAAGAGAUGUCCUGAAAAUGAAAGGUUGCACCUCAUUUAAUGAAGCUUAACCCUAUGUAGAAAGUCUCUUUCGGGGGCAGAGGCUUUCUCUGGGUGCCAAGCCAUAUAUAUUAGGGAAUAGUAGAUUGUUAUUUCAUUUUUUCCCUCCCAGUGCAUUUUAAAAGCAGCACUGGCUGGGGCAUUCUCAUUCUCUGAUGGAGCCAUCAAUGAGAUUUAACUUAGUCAACCUGUGCUAGCAACAUUCUGAAAUUCCUUCAAAGAAGGCAGUCCUUUGGGAAGGUGUUUUGUUUUUUGGUUUUUUUUUGACUCUAAUCAACAUUCCUUUUGUUGGUGACAUUUGUGAUUUUCAGUAAUCUGAGUUUUUGAUGGCCUUUUAAACAAGACUCCAGUAUGUGAAGGUUAAUUGCUGUGCUCCACAGAUCUUGUCUAUUGGCCCCUGUAGAAAGUUAACCUUUGUUGUUUUCCUUUUAUAAUUUGCUUAUUGCACAAUUGCUUUAGGGUAAGUGAAUUAUAUUAAGAUGCCUUGAAA